AUGGCCGACGCCAGAGGACAAGAGCAACCGCGCGUGCGCCUGCAAGCCAGGUGCGUGGCUCCCGGCAGCCUGGCCGAGCUGGAGUCGUGCUGCAAGGAUGCCGACUGCCACAAUGGGCGGUGUGUGGCCGCCAAAGAUGUGGGCCAGGAGACCCGCAAGAUGUGUGCCUGCAACAGCGGCGAGUUUUGCAUCAACUAUAAGGCAGACUCGCCAUACGAAUUUUUCUGGAGGAUGAAUGUCCUGGCCACCAGCGGGCACUGCAUCCCCACCGGCCUCAAGCUGCCCACCGGUUCGGGCUGCUGCAAGGACAGCCAGUGCGCCAGCGGCGCGUGCCGGGCGUUGAAGGAAGACUGGCUGCACCAGCCGGGCUGGAAGCAGUGUGUGGCCAAGGCGUAA